ACGGUUAAUCCCUUUUUUGCUGAUCUGGCCCAUGCACCUGAAACUGGACCGGACUUCUAUGUUUGGCCCAUCAUCACUAAUCAGACGUUGUUGCUAGCAUUAUCUUGUAGAUUGGGUCCAAUAAGGUUUCCCAAAUGAUCGUACAGUAACAUUAUCUUGUGGAUUGGGUCCUUUGCGUCAAUCACUCUAAAGAAAAGUACUAGCAGCUGAUGGCGAUUGGGGUCCAAGAGUCUUGUUCGCUUGAACGAAGCAGUUGUUGACACAUGGCAGGUCUGCCUAGGCUGGGUUGAGAGUUGAGACGUACCCAACCCACCACUGCAGUAGUAGUCAAAUUUGUUCUCUCGCAACAGUCUCACACGCCCAACCCAACAAUCUCAGGGAUUUUGGACUGCUAGUUCGACGAUACGACGCUAGUUUCUAAAUUCUACCCGUGUGUUCCACGAUGGUCGUUUCAAAUGGUCAAAAGUUUAAUCAUCUUGUAGCCAGUUUGUGCUGAUGGUUGUAGAAAGCGAGGUCGAUGCAAAAACUAAUUGCAUGAGCCUCCGAUCUUGAUCCCCAAUGCAGAAAGAGAAGUCGGUGAAUGUUCCACCGACUGAAUGGCUCCAAACGGGUGUAGAUUCAGAAACGGAAUAGCCUUAGUUUUUUUAAGGAAGGGAUAGCUUUGGUUUCAGUUGAUCGAUCGAGUAGCUUUCGUUAUUAAUUCUGGAGACGCCUUUUCAAAAUCAGGGCUGAAGCCUGAAGUUUCGGGCUCAUUCACGAUUUUUCUUGAAAUGGCUUUGCUUCUUGAUUUCGGUAGGUUCAACAAGUUAUAUUCGUUAUGAAUUUCUCUCGGGCUCUUCUCCGGAUGGUAUGCAAGCUGCAUUAUUAUACAAUAAUUUGCGUUAGCUGAUGCUGGCAGCUCCUUGUAUGUAUCUAGUGUUGAUGUUGAUGAUCCUGAUGGGACUGGAGUGGUUGCAUUUGUCCACAAGUCCCAGAAAUACGCCCCCAAUCUUGACGUGUAUUUGGGGUGAGCUCCAACCCUGCGCCGCUUACGAAAAUUCAUGCAUCCUUCAACAAUUCAGUGACCAACGAUCAGCUCCAGCUCACCAUGCAAAGCAACGAUGGCAGUCAUGGACACUGUGUAUGCUGGCCACCACUACCCAUCGGCCAUAUAUCACUAAGCAAAAGCAGUAUACGCAUGGGAAAUGCGUACCCUGGCACGAGUUGUUUCCAAGAACUCACCAAACCAUACUUUGUCCAGACUCCAAUAAUGGUCAAUGCCGCACGUAAAAGUUUACUAAACCAACAUGGUCUCGUCUCGUCUCGUCUCCCAGGUUAGGUUUCUGAAUCUCGCACUCAGCUGCUUACUCAAAUCUCCCCCCUGAUCCUUUUUCCUUUCCAAAAAACACGCUCUCGAUUUCUUGUUCGUCUACUUAAUUCCUUCCCAAUAUGUUUUAUUUACCCCAUGUUAACCAGAGCCGGUAGAUGUGUCCACUAUAAAUACACGUGUGCAAGUCAUCACAUCAUCGAACCCAUACCUAACUAUCACCUGCAAGCCUGCGGCGUCCCAACUCGAUCGUCGCUCGCGUACACCCGGAGGCCGGACCUCACAUGGCCAUGGCCAAGAAGCUCCUGGGCUUGCUCGCGCACCUCCACGCCACUGUCCUGUUCCUGCCGGUGGACCCGGCGGCCGGCGCAAUGUACAACGUGCUGCGCUACGGCGCCCGCCCCGACGGCGCGGCAGACGCGGCGGGCCCGUUCCUCCGCGCGUGGGCCGACGCGUGCCUCUCGACGCGCCCGGCCACCGUGCUCGUGCCGCCCGGCCGGUACCUGGUGUCGAGCGCCACGUUCGCCGGCCCGUGCCGCAGCCGCGCCGCCGUGACGUUCGCCGUCGCCGGCACGGUCGUCGCCCCCGCGGGCGCCGGCGGGCGCGGCUCGUCGGGGCGGUGGAUCACGUUCGAGAACGUGGACGGCCUUGUCGUCUCCGGCGGCACCCUCGACGGCCGCGGCCGGGCGCUCUGGGAGUGCAGGCGGCGCGGGCAGAGCAGCUGUCCGACCCCGGCGUCGUCGCUGACGAUCGCGAACUCGAGGGAUGUGGUGGUGGCCGGGGUGCGGUCGGUGGACAGCGAGCUGUUCCACCUGGUGGUGCUGCAGUGCCACGGCGUGACGGUGCGCGGGGUGACGGUGGAGGCGCCGGCGGACAGCCCCAACACCGACGGCAUCCACCUCCACAUGUCCAGCCACGUCUCCGUGUACGACGCCAGGAUCAGCACCGGCGACGACUGCAUCUCCAUCGGCCCGGGGAACUCCAACCUCUGGAUCGAGCGCGUCGCCUGCGGCCCCGGCCACGGCAUCAGCAUCGGGAGCCUGGGCAAGCAGGAAGGCAUGGCGGUGGAGGCGGUGCAGAACGUGACGGUGAAGACGACGUGGUUCACCGGCACGACGAACGGGCUGCGGAUCAAGACGUGGGGCGGCUCCAAGCGCGGCUUCGUCAGGGGGGUCACCUUCGCGGACGCCACCAUGUCCGGCGUCGACAACCCCAUCAUCAUCGACCAGCGCUACUGCCCCACCACCGGCGGCGCCGGCUGCCCCGGGGGGAGCUCCAGCAUCAGCAUCAGCGACGUCAGGUACGUCGGCGUCCGGGGCUCGUCGGCGACGCCCGUGGCCGUGAGCUUCGACUGCAGCCGGAGCAACCCGUGCAGCGGCAUCCGCCUGCAGGACGUGGCGCUGACGUACCGGGGCCGCCCCGCCGCCACAUCCUACUGCCGGAACGCGCGGGGGAGCACGCUCGGCCUCGUGAUGCCGCCGAGCUGCCUCUGAUAGAUCAGUCGACAGCACCGCCGAACCGGAGAUCGAUGCAUCGCCACGUCACGUGUAUAUAGACGCACAACACGCGUCGAAUAUAUCAUGUAUAUGUAGUGAGU